AUGCUGGCGAUCCUGUUCGACCCUGACACACUCCUUCACAAGACCAUCGAACUGCUGGGGUCCAAGCUCAUUCCCGCCCUGGAGUCUCCUGAACGACUGGAAGCCAUUCUCAAGGCUUUGCGUAUCUCGGAAUAUGACAUUCGCACGGUACAGGAUGAUUCUGUCCGUGGAAAAGAACGGAUAGAACGAGUAUUGAACCUCAUCUCAGAAACUCACAACUACGGCUACCUACAGCAUCUCCGAGAAGUUCACGAUGAUUGGGUUUCGGCAGGGCUGAUUGACAAAGACGGCCAUGUUCUGCCUGAGUGUUUCUGGCUGCCCACAUCUACCGGCAAACCUAUGCGACCGCCCAAAGAUCCUUUCGCCCGCGCCGGGUAUUACGCCUUCGACAUGAGUUCCGACAUCAUGUCAGAAAGCUACCAGGCUAUUGUUGGGUCUGCCAAUCUCGCAUGUGAAGGGGCAGACAUGCUAUCAGGAUUCUCCCUGGAGGGCUCCGGCUCUGAUGUUGACACGGUGUUGGCGCUCUGUCGACCUCCAGGUCAUCAUUGUGACGGCCGCCGAGCGGGAGGGUAUUGCUACAUCAACAACGCCGCGCUUGCGGUGAGCACGUGGCGCGCUGCUCAUCCCGACGCACCGGUCGGAAUUCUUGACAUUGAUUUCCAUCACGGCAAUGGCACCCAGGAGAUCUUUUACGCCGACCCGAGAGUUUUAUACGUGAGUAUCCACGGUGAAGACGAGUUUCCCUACUACACUGGUGCUGAAGAUGAACGAGGCGUUGGUGAUGGUACUGGGAUGAACAUCAACUACCCGCUCAAAGUUGGCAGCUCUGUGGAUGAGUAUAUGGAGAAACUGGAGUUUGCAUUGCAGCAUCUGGUAGCUUACCAAGCGGGCUUUCUGAUAGUGAGUCUUGGUUUCGACACCUACCAUUCGGAUCCGUUGGGUUCUUUUCAGAUCCAUACGGAGGAUUAUGCCACCAUAGCAGCAGCUAUCAGGCACAAGUUAAAGGAUGUGCCAGCCUUGAUUCUUCUUGAGGGGGGUUAUGUGAUUGAGCAUCUGGGAGCCAACAUGUUGUCAUUUCUCAAAGGGUGGAAAUCUGUCAGUUGA